AGAUCAAAUCUUUUUACGUAAAGAAAACGAGCUUCUGACCGCGCUAAUCAAACUAGAAAGCUGGAUUCUGUAGUGAAAGAAAACAAGGUAUAGUAAUUAUCCUCGUGUUUCAGAUGAGCUGAAGAUGUAGGCGGGUCAUCAUUAGAGGCCACUGAGAAAUGUGCUGAUUAAGCAGUAUAGACAGAAAUUUCUAGAGGCAAAAUAAUAUCAGUUUCAGUUCAGUUUCAGCCGUUGAAUGUCCGUUGUUGGAAGUAGGCCUUCCCGAUUGACCUUCAACAGCCAAUAGAGGAAGCUCUCCAUGCUUUAUUCGAAUCCCACAUUAAUAUGCACUCUGUUUGCCUAAAAAAAUUUGUAUGUGUAAUCAAAUGGUGACGAGUGAAAUUAGGGAAUAAUUUCACGCGCGUUUUGUCCAAAUCCUAAUAAUAUCCCUAGCCUUCAGACAAGGAAAAUUAUUAGGGUUUGGACAAAACGCAAGUGAAAUUAUUCCUAAUUUCACGAGUAUACCAUUUGAUUACCUAUUAAUAUCAUGGGUGACGAACUACGUCAGCAAUCUUGGACUUUUGACAUGUUUAUCCUGGAUCGUAUCACUCUCUCAAAUGUUUAGACGUUAAAUUUGUCUUAUAAAGUUCAGAUUUUUUCAGACUUUUUCGGCAAAAUACCUGUUAGAAUCCUUCUUGAUGUUCUCUUGUGUGUUCAGGUUUUCUAAAGCGUCUUUUUGUGCCCUGACAUCUUCAUUCAGGGCAUUUUAAAACUUCGUCGCCAUCUUGACACUGAGACGUACGGAAGGGUUGCCAUGGCAAUUUUGUAUUUUCACAUGCGAAAUUACAAAUUAACGCUGAAAUUUCACGCCAAAAUUAAGGAGUAAUUCGUCACCUAUGAUAUUGGCAAAGUUAAUUGUUUUCAACUGUCUCGGAAGUAUCCAAUACCCUCAGGGCAUUUGAAAACAACCAUUUAUGCAAAAUCUGGGGGCAAACAGAGUUCAUUAUGGGUGAUUCGAAAAUAGAUGAAUUUCUGAACUUGUGAGAGUUUAUAUAAGGUCACGAAUUUUGCUCGCGGAUCAGGCAUGAUUUUCCCUUCCUAUAAUUUGUGCACCAUCACUAGCCUAAAAAAAUAUAUCACCCUAGAUGAUUUGUGGGAACAAAAUCACCAGUACUUUGACAAGAUAAAUAAUCACAGCAUCUAGUUUCUAUCGAUAAAUAUACACGAAUACGAAUCAAGUUAUCUUGAGUCAUGUUAGAAAUUUCUUUAUACGUGGUUGUCAUUUAAAAGAGGUCAACUAACGAACCGAGCGCGCUUCAUCUAAAAUUUGGUACAUUGUUAUGUUUUAAUACAUGUCACAAAAUUUUCUCUGCUAUUGACUUACUUGACUUUGAAAAACAUGAAAUACGUGUUAAGCGUUUAGAAAAUGGAAGUAGGAGUGGUAGAUUUCUCUGUUUAAAAAGGAAAAAAAAAAGGUCUGUAGUUUUCCACCCUGAACAUCUUUGCAGAAGGCCAAAAACUGUAAAAUGAUUUUUAGACGAAAGGCUCCAGAUUUGUUAAGCAUAUAGUUUUACUUUCUCUCCUGCUUAUACAGCUCGUUUGGUUAAGGGAGGAAUUUUGUAGAGCUAAGACGGGGAGUAAGCUGGACUGCCAGCCACAUGAUUCUAUCACUCUACUGAAUCUACUUUCAGAGAGACACGUGACAUACAUAAAUGCAUUCUAGGGUGAGAAUAGAACAAAGUACAAUUUAACCGGUUGCUGUUGUGCAUAACGCUUGGCGAUCUACCACUGUAAAAGUGGCUGAGCUUGGAGAAAUACCGCUUAAGGAUUGAGAGGUGAGCAAAGUAAUUUUUUACCACCCUCCGUGUAAAACAGUGCCUUUCAUCUUUUCUAAAAAAGUUAAUCAUAAACAACAAAAAGGUAUACAAGGAAUUCUGUUUUUCUAACCGCCUAUCGACCUCUACGUGAGAUCUUUAUUGUCUAUUUUAUGAAAAAACAAAAAAAUAUCGAUUGUGAAAAAUUUCAUAGCGAAAAACUACUACAUGCGAAUUUGUUUACAAUGUUACAAGCAGUAGCUUGGUUGAGGCUCACAGAUUUAACGUCAAAUCCUUGGGCUCAAGAAUUUGUAUAAACAUCGUACAUUUUGUUAAUAACGAAGAAUUUUAUAGUCAUAUCCUGCAAAUAUGUAUUUUUUUGUAUUUUUGCUGUUCACACCUUAACAGGAACGUGAUUUUACUGAUAAUCAUUAGGUAUAAAGUAAGUUCCUUAGCUCUGUCUUGUUAUACUUCCUGAUGAAGUCUGUGUGAUCAGAAGAAACCGGUCGGAGAAAUAAAUCAAGUUUUCAAGCUCACUAGUGUUCAUUAAAAAAAAAAUUGUUUAACGGCGCCCGUGGACGUUAGAGAUGAGAUGAAAUCUACCCCUUUGUCGCAUGAGUAAAAGUACGUAAGUCAUGUGGGAAAGCGUCAAGUGUUUGAAGUAGUUUCACUGCAUGUGGUUUUUAGUUUUCUACCAUAUUUCUCGAUUUAACGCCGUGCCCUGAAUAAACGCCACGUCUUGGAGAGGAAGUUGUAGAUGCACGCCCCAGACGUUUAUUUUUGGUAUAAUAAACUAACGGUAUAAAGGCAAGAUACACGGCUGUCAAGAAAAAGGCAUAAAAACGUUUCUAUAGUAACAGUAAAUUGAAUAAACUGCAAAUUCAAACAAACACCAGUCCACAAGGUGAAGGUUGAAUUAAACGCCGAGCGCGUUAAAUUGAGAAAAUACGGUAAUUCUGAUGUUAAGCGUUUACAAUUUUUGAAAUCGAUUAUACAUUGCUAGCUAGUGGCUAGAGGUUAUACUUCGCAAUAUGCAGGGGCUUGUGUCCCCCCCACCGGGGACUCCCAUAUAAAAGUGACGGGGAUGCUCGUCGUUUCGCUUUGGGGCCGGUAAAUUGCAGAUUUUGGUCUCACUCGGUCUCACUUAGGGUGUUUGGGAUGGAAAGAUAAUAUAUUUGCCCAUUCAGGUAUCGCUUCGUCGCUUCGUAAUAACAAAAUUUACAAAAAUGCCCUGCCACUGACCACAGAGAAAUCUCCCUUAGGGGUUAUUUUAAGCUUGAGCCACAUCCACAUUGGUCUCCUUUAGGAGUUUCAUUGUUAAAAAUUUUCUGAGAAGCAACCCUGUCACUUUUAUAUGGUAGUCGCCCCCCCCGGGGUGCCACGGUGCCCAGUCCACAGUCGCGGCAGGGCAAUUCCCUCUUAUUCUUUUUCAGUUCUCUUUUUUUGCUCUUAAUUUUGUCAAUAACAAAAUUUUCGAAUCUGUUUGGUUCUCAACUGACCUUUAUCUUUUGCUUAACUUGGCUGAUGCAAGACCAGAACUGUCGAAUUUGACGUGUCCGAUUAGAAUCUGCUUGUAUAAUCGAACAGGUCCGAAUCGGACAGUUGAACAGCCAAAUUGUUGAUGGGCCAAUGAAGUUUAACAAAUUAAACCACAAUAGCAAAUAAAAACCAAGAAAAAAUCUUCAGUGAGCAAGUUUUCCAGCUUCAGUUUGUAUGUCCAAGAAAUUACUUAUUCCUCGUGCACCGUCAAAAUUCUCACUAAUGUUCUUCCUUUCUUUUUUUUCUCUUUCAUUCAAAAAGACAAAACGCUAUGAUACCGAUCUUCUCUAAUACGGAAAACGUCGGACCCGAAAUCUCGGCCCCCGAGAGCAAUUUCAUACGGAGUCUGUAGUCCAUUACCGUGAACAGGAGAUGCCGACAGUUUGGUUUCAUAUAGAUGAGUUAAAACAACUGUGUUAAAAGACGUGUUUUAGGCAGUCUAAAAACUGAACUCUUAAACCUGUCAGUGAUGUGACCUCUAAAAAACAGACGAACACCUUGCUCUGUCCCUUUGGUCACCGUAUUUGAAAGGUUAAACUGUCAUUGCUCGUUGAGGGAGGGCAGACUGCUUGACUGCUAGCCUCUCACGCAAAGGUUCUCCCACGCAGAAGUUCUUAGGGGUUCGUCACGCGUUCCUGCCCCACGUUUAAGAGGAUUGCGUGACGAGCCAAAAGAACGUAUGCAUGGGCUAGCAAGACUGUAAGCAGUCCCUCUGGAUUUUCGCGUGGGCGAGCGAACAACGUUUUGCGCUUUUGCCUCGCUCGCGCGCACGUAAGAAGCUCGCCCGUGCGACAAUCCCGAGGAAUUGCUUGCAGUCUACUGGGAAGUUAGGAUCUCUUCUAACGAUACUCUUACCUCCCCGUUCUUGCUUAACAGAAUAUAGUGAAACCUCUAUUCAGGGGACACCCUCGGGUUCAACGAAAGUAUCCCCUGAAUAGAAGUCUCCCCUAAGUGGAGAUGUCACUUGAAAAGAGAUGUCCAAUAGGAGAGGUUCCCCUGUAUUUUUAGCGCAACAGAGAGUUACAAUAUUGGAACAAUGUUGCAACCAUUCGAAACAACAUCGCAACAAUGAAGCAGCGCUGUGUUGCGCUAAAAAUCGUCGUCGUCUCGUAUAACAUCACCUUAAGAGAAACAAAGGCUUUGUUCACACUGUUCCGGAUAGCUUUUUCGCUGCGACGAAAAUCAUACUGGAUAGGGCUUCUUCUGUUCAAAAACAAGAACGGUCGAAAGUGGAGUGACACAUAUCGGAUAGAUUUUGUGCCAUACUUUGGCGCAGUGUAAUAUUCGGCACGUCGCGGAAGUAAGUAAGUAGGAGAGAGGCCUGGAACCCACUGAGACGGGAGUAGAUUUUUAGGAGUGAAGACUGGAAUCUAAUGCACCAACCCUCUCGGUCAACUGUGCCGGCACGAUUUUCAAUGUGUGUGAACGACUUGUGUCGUCCCGGGCUAUUGCUAUAUUCACACUAUACCGAAUUGCUGGUUUUCAGUGUCACGACAUUCAAAAUAGAUCAUGAAAUUAAAAUCAAAACCGUUCAAUAGAUAAAGUCCGGAAUCUGGGAAAUGCCGGAAAGGAGGUAAAUAUACCAAGUUCCUUGCCAAGAUUCAGGUCAGAGGAAUAUUCCGUAUACGAGAUAUCCGAAGAAAGGUUUUACCCAAAUUUAUAGAGAUUUGUAUGGAGACGUCAUGCUGGUGCCCAACUGGAUGGGCACCAGCAUGGCGGACGGAAACCAACAAAAACAUCUGUUACCGAGUUUUGGUACAAAAGCGUGAAUUUAAUCGUUGAGGAACUCAUAAACAUUAAAGUAAUCCUUUUUCUAAUCGAUGAACUGUUUAGAUAGCAAAAUUCUCCUAAAUACAUCACUUCUUUAACCUACAUGUCAGCUCUCUCGGCCUUCACGUAAAUGCCACGUCACGCAAAAGCUUAGAAAUUCAAGCGUACUCUAUCACAAAACCAAGUACCCUUUUGAAAGGAAAAUUUGUAUGAAAAUUAGUUUUCAGCUGCUCUAAUACAUCAUGAAAGUAAAAAUCAUGAAAGUAAUCAUGAAAGUAAAAUCUGUGUUUUGAAUUUUAGUGACGUCAUGUGAAAACCAACAAUAGCUUUGUGUGUCGGCACGAAAGGUUACCCGGCAUCGUGUGAACAUUGCUUAAGUGCCUAAUUACGAUCAUUUUGUGUUACUUUUUUCACAUAAUCUGCGUAAUAAAGAACAACUACAGAUUUAGAAUGGUUGACAUUGUGAAAGAGCGAGAGAUCUGGUCAUCGAAGAUUGAUUUCCUUCUUGCAUUAAUGGGCUUUUGCAUCGGCUUGGGUAACAUAUGGAGAUUUCCAUACCUUUGUUUCAAAAAUGGUGGAGGUAGGUAGGUUCUUUAUUUAGCAAUUACUGCAAUUAGAAUGCCAUAUUGUUCCCUGGGUAGAAGAAGCAUUUUAGGCGUGCGGUGGGAUGUGUCAACCAAAGGCGGAAGCUACGAGGGGCACAGUCAUGAUAAAGACUUCAUAUAAAAUUGCAAUUCUAAGGCUAUGUUCCAUUAUUCAGCUUCUACCCCAGACCAUGUUCACGCUAUACCGAAUUGCUUUCACUUCUGGACUAGUCAAUCUUGUUUUCUUUCAUCAGACUUGUUUUUUGAGUGUGAGCAUCUAUUUAUCCAUACAUAGAUGAUCAUAACUGAGCUAGCCUGUGUGCAAACGCCCCUUCCCCUACAAAAAAUUGAUUUUUUCUAAGGGGAGGGAGACGUCUGUAAACGGGCUAAACUGAGCCCUCUCUACCAAGCACAUGGCUCUUAGGCCUUGGUUGGAAUCCAUACCCUAGCAAUGCACUGGCAGGUCCAGACCUUUAGAUAAAGGAGGGGGGGGGGAGGAGGGGGGUGGUCUCAAAAAAUUUUGUUUUCGUCCCUUCGGGCCUCAGUUUGUUCUAAAGAUAAGGGGGGCCCCCGGGCCUUGCCCCUGGAUCCGCCACUGCAAUGUGUCAUACACGAAAGGAGGACUCGAUUAAACUAAAAGAACUAAUUCUGAAAUGGUUUCAAAUUAUUAGGUAGUUUUCUCAUUCCUUACUUGAUCUGCCUUAUUGUGACUGCACUACCAGUGACGGUAUUGGAGGUUGGCUUGGGGCAGUUUACGAGUCAAGGAGCAAUCACUGCUUGGAACAUCUGUCCACUUUUGCAAGGUAACCGAAAUCCUAAUGCAGUGAAUACAGUAGUCACAUGACAUCACACUUGGGGCAAGGGUGACGCAGUGGUGAAAGCACAGUUAUCUCGCGGCGAAAAAUGAACAAAACUCAUCUGCUCCACUACUCUAACUCAAGACAAGAAGACAAGAAGAUUUUGGCCAUCUCAGCUUAAGAAGAAACUAAAAGCAAACUGCUAUGAAUAAAAACAAUUGGAUAAAAAAUACUGCGCUAAAAUGUUUCUCAUAUUAAAAAAGUUAAAAACGACGACGUUUCAACGUUCAGCUAACGUUAUUAUCAAGUCAUAUUUAAUUGUAGGAAAAUUUGCAUAUAAUUAAAGCAUGCAAACUAUAAAAGGUGAGGUUUUUCACUGCUGACAUUUUAAUUCAGAGAAUGUUCUAAAUCCAUAAUCAGCAGAGUUUCCUUUAGCCUGCGAAAACAUCCGUGUCUCCUCGCUCUUCGCCGCUGGGGACGUUUCGCGCGGAGGAACGUCUGCGACUUAGCGACAGAAAUUCCAUACUGAUGAAGUAAAAUAUGUCCAGAAUCCGGUCAGAAGCCCUGAUUGGUCGACGGAGCAGUUACAUUGUUUUAGCUAUCGUUUACGAAUGACAGACAAAAGACAAAAGGCCACAAAGGUCAAAUGUAAAGGCGAUGAAUCUCUAACAAAACGGUCAAUAUUUGUGGAAUAUAGUCUUCUCUAGAACAAGCAUUUGAGUUUUGCUGGAGCUCGUUCGCAGAUGAACGCAACACUUUACCAAAAUCGAUCAGAAGAAACCUAACAUUGAAUAAAUUUACAUUUGGAGCCCCAUGACUACCGGAUUUAUUAAGUAAACAUUGAUUUGCGUCAUUAGUAUGGAAUUUCUGUCGCUAAGUCGCAGACGAUCCUCCGCACGAAACGUCCCCAGCGGCGAAGAGCGAGGAGAAACGGAUGUUUUCGCAGGCUAAGUCUCCUUUAUCUUGCAAUGCGUGUCCUACUGUCCUCUUGCCAAAAUUUCGAAAUGGUCCCAUCGAUGUUGUGACCUGUUGACGUGAUAUGGUCGGCAACAGCAGAUGAGUGAUAUUUUUUAAAUCAAUUUUUACAAGAUUUCCGAACUUUCAUAAAAACUACACUACAAAGCAGCGUAUGAGGCAAUCCCUACCAAAGGUUAAACUUAAUUAUGUGAGAAGGACCUUUCUGUUUACUGGCGCGAACAUUUUCAUUGAACUCCCGUUAAACAUAGCAAACGCUGAGAGCAUUUAGACUUUCUACCGCCGAGCAAGACGUUGUUUCUUGUGAUAACUUUAAAUGAAAUUUCCUUGAAAUUGUAUAAUAUUUUAGGCUCAUUGUAUUUCCAGGCUUUUAUAAAAUGUAAUUUGAAAUUUUUAAUGUAAAGUAAGUUUAAAGACACAGGGACUGAUACCGGUCUUUAAGCUGAAUGGGCCACCUUGUUGAAAUAUAGUUUACGCAAUUAGCCACUUUGAGGCUGCGCGAGAGACCGGCUCGAGAUGGUUUCAAAGUGCAUUGUGGGACUGUUUUGGGGGACGCAUUUUCAACAUGGCGGCAAAUUCGUCCCUUAAAACAGUCCCACAAUGCACUUUGACAACCACUCGAGCCGGUCUCCCGCAACCUCAAAGUGGCUAAUCUGAUAAGUGCAUUUGCGCUGUCUUUGUUGUUUCACUAGGUAUCGGCUAUGCAAGUAUUCUUGUAGUGACCUGGCUCCUUAUGUACUACCUUGUGGUUCUUGCGUGGUCGUUGUUUUACCUGUUUGCCUCGUUCCAAUCGACACUUCCUUGGUCGCACUGCAAUAACGAAUGGAACACUCCCAACUGUGUGGAUCACAAUAGUGGACACAACCAAGACGGAGAGCAUAAUAACACAUUCCAAAAUGUUACCUCUCUCUUUAACUUAACGGUAGCAAAUGUAUCCAAGCGAGUGCCGGCAAUCCAGGAAUACUGGGAGUAGGUGUCUGUUUUUUUAAACGCUAUUGGAAUUGAAUUUAGGGGAAGAUAAAAGGGGCGAUGCUAGCCUAAGAACGAUCACAAUGCCAUGGUAAAGUAAAUAUCGAAGAAUUACUCUUACUAAACAUCUGCAUUUUCCCAAGUUAGCUUUAAUAAACAGGUUCUUACAUAAAUAAAUGGUAAUUAGCUCAAAUUUAGGCUAUUUAGGUUCUUGAUAAGGUUCUUAUUUUCUGGAGGAAAAAAUACAUGACAUUAACUCGGCGAAUGGUACACCAAGAUCAACAAAAAUUGAAAAUUGUUUGAAAACGAGGCUUCAUAGUCGUUGAACUGAGCAAAAUGGCGGGCAAAGAAAGCAGAAAUAUAAAUAUGGGCAAAUUUAAUCCUACUUCGCAGAGCAGAUUAUCAAAACUGACCACAAAUGUUAUGGAGACGCAAACAGUAUAAACCGAACUGAAAAACGACCUGAUCGACGUGCUGUUAAGCCCAUUCAAUUUUUGACCAACAAGCAACAUUUGUAUGUUAGAUCGGGUUAAAACGAGUUAAAAACUAUUUAGCCCGCUCACUCAGAUUCAACAUAAUCCAACAACACUGGACAAAUUGUUUUAGAAAAUCAUUGGAAGUGACAUCCGUCCGGUACAUCGUUCCGGACCACGCUUUGUCGUUUGAAACUGAUUUCUUUUUACAAUUUGCACAAAAUAUUUCUGUCUUUAUCAGUUACAGGGUGUUACGUCUUUCUAAUGGUCUGAACGAACCAGGACCAGUGAACUGGGACCUGGCUUUGUGCCUGUUGUUGGCGUGGAUUAUCUGUUACCUCUGUGUUAGUAGAGGGAUUAAGACAAGUGGCAAGGUUAGUGAACACUUGUUUUGUGUUAGGCCAAGUUCAUACGACGAGCUUCUGCAAAUUGGUGAAGAGAUAUAAUCACCGGUUUGCUCGACCGUUUGGUCCGGCUUCGAUCGUAACGUUAACGAGCCAGGCUUAUUUUAGACGGAUUCAUCGGAAACAUUCGAGCAUAACAAUACUUAUAUCUGCUCACCAAUUUGCACUACACUUACAGGCUGAUUUUUGGCAAAGGGCCUUUAUUCAUCUUGUUCUAUACCGUAUUUAUCUGAUUAACCGCCCCGGGCGCUUAUUAAAUUUUUGGACCUUGAGAGUGGGCGCUUAUUCGAGGUGGGCGCUUAGUCGAGGCAGGGCGCCUCUUCGGGGAAGUCUCUUAUUAGUAAUUAUUCAAUUUCAAACUCAAUCUCAUUGUCACUCAAGUCAAUGAAUAAAUGAAUUGUCUAGUGCUGCCUCCUCAAUGUCCGACAUGGUAACGUCUGCAAAUGGGUUAGUCGCCCGAGAAGCAGUUUUUAAGAGGUCAUCACUACUCUUCUCUGUUGGGUUCAACAGACGAAGGGGUGUAGCGUGAGAUUUUGAAGGUGUACGCUUUGGAAGAAAAGUUAGAGCACCAACAAGGGGGUCUGAACUCCCCCAGAAAAUGUUAAAAUUUAAGGUCUCGGAAACGCCAUUUCGGAACUAAAUACGAAGGAAAAUGCUGUGAGGGGGCAAGGAAGAGUACAUUUUUUCGUUUUGAAUAUUUUCCAGCUUACAAUCUCAUUAAAUCAACAUGUUAUUAAAGCUGUUAACUCCCCUCUCUUUCAUUGUAUUGAAACCAUUAAGAUUAAGACUCGGAAUUAAGAUCUUUUUACGAACCUGAUCACUUGGCUUAUUUUUCAGGUUGUCUACUUUACAGCCACUGCUCCAUAUAUUUUAAUAACGGUUCUUUUGAUCCGAGCCGUUACUUUGCCAGGAGCAGGAGAAGGAAUCAAGUUUUAUCUCAAACCUGAUUGGUCAAGACUUAAAGAUGGCCAGGUGAUUUUAUUCUAAGUUCAUUACAACUUGCUUACAAGAGGUUUUAACAGUGUGAACUUUUAAAACUGUGUCCCCCCAAAACUAAGUCGCUUACGAGAGAUGGUCGUUUACAAGAGGUUCCAACUGACAUAGUAAUUUACCUGGGAAAAUUUUGGUGUUUUUUAUUUUCUCUUAUGGGUGGAGGUCGCAUAUUAAGGUUCGAUUUUAUAAAAUUUGUGCCUGUAGAUAUUUUAAGAAAACAGAAGACAAAAUUUCCAUAUUAUUUCGUUUUAUCGACAAAGUUGGAAAAGUCUAUUCACUAAAGUAAAAGAUUGAAAGCCUGACGUUUUGAACGUUAGCUUUUUGCCAGCGUAAAUCUAAAGGUUGCCGGAGACGAAGGUUACAAUCAUCUCUUUUUUAGACUGAAAUCUAUAGGAAAAAUAGGAAAUGCCGAGGUGUUUGUCUUAUAGAGAGUCAAGGACAUGCACGGUGACUGCAGAACGUUUGGGACCAACUCUAGGUGUCUGCUUAAGGGAUCUGUCCGUUAUGAGAGGGUUGGCUGUAGAACCAUCAACUUUUCAUCAUCAUCUGUCUAACAUAUUAAAAGCGACAUAAAAAAGCAGAUCUAUCAAAAAUAGAUUUUGGUAUAUUAGCACAGCACCAAAAUUAAUCAUUUAUAAUAUUUGGUCAUCUAUGCAUCCAAGAAAUUUUGGUUGUGACAAAAUCAUUCGCGCGGCCGUCCGUCUUUACGCACGUACGUCCUUCUUUCAUGCUAGCGGAGUCCAAGGCAUAUACAAUAUGUGUUUAACUUGUUAUGGUCAACAUGUCAUGGUCAAUUGACAGCUGUGAAAAAACGGUAUCUGCUUACCAGUGUCACAUGACUGUGUCGCAGACUCGGGUGUACAACACAUAGAGGUUACGUGUUUAUUUUAAGUUCUCUGCUAACCAGUUAUUAAUUUUCAAUUGAUCGCAGGCUCAGGUCCAUUUUUUGUUCAUGAUGAAUUAGUUUGCUUUUUGCUUAUGGCUAAAGUUGAAUAAUACAAAAACAUUUCUUAAAAGAUCCCAUGAGAGCUUCGCUUCUGGCCUUGGCUAAAUCUAUAUGUUAUCAACGCCUUUCUUUUCUCCCGGCAAUGUGCGCCGCCACAGACCUAGCAAUUGUAGAUUUGUUAAACUCCCAUUACUCAGAAAAACGUCAUUUUUGCUUGAAAGGUCUGGUUGGACGCUGGUACACAAGUUUUUUAUUCAUAUGCCAUUGGAUUGGGCGGCUUGAUUGCGCUCGGAAGCUACAACAAGUACCACAACAAUUUUUACAGGUACAAACAAACAAGCAAACAAACAAAUGUGACCUAAAAAAUUCGCCUUUACCAGGAGCUGAAAUAUGCCCGAUUGGGUUACAUUUUAGUAGUCCACGUUUCGCAUGUCAUAUCCCCCUGCUUUCCCCGGAGCUUUUGCUCGUUUCGUGUUUGACUUGCUACGUAUACGGCAAGAUAUCAUUAACUGACGUGAUGCAACUCACUUUGACUCUGAAGAUGACUACCGCACAGGUUGUUGAAACGUCAGUCACUGUCAACAUUCAACAGUCCUAUUCAGGACUACGCUCACCCGGACGAUCAUACUCAACCCACUUAUAAUCUGUCCAAUGUAAGGACGAAAUAGCUAAAAUUAGGUUCCAAUUCCCGGCGGUCUUGGGAAACUCUUUUUAGACUUUGAAAAAAGGUUGUAAACACUAUUUCAGUAUUUCGGUGACGAUAAGCGGUGGGGCUAUGGAAACAUUGACAUGACAGCCCAACAAUUCUCAACGUCAAAACAAACAGACAAAUUAAAACAGUAAAAGCGGAAGCAGUGUUCAUAAGGUGUUGAGGUAAGCGAUCAGCUGAGAAUUUGUAUAUUUUUGUUGAAUGAUUGUUUUCUUGCCUUUCAGGGACUGCAUAUGGAACGCAUUCUGCAACAGCGGAACUAGUUUUUAUGGCGGAUUUCUGAUUUUCUCUAUUUUGGGUUUUAUGGCGAAACAUCAAGGUGUUGAGGUCAAGGAUGUAGUUCAGGCAGGUUCGUUUGCUCACGACCUAAAAAAAAUGGCUUGAGCUGCCAUGGUUGAAUUUAUAAACGCAAAGAUAUAUAAUAUCCCCGAAAAGGAGCGAGGUUGUUUCCACCUACGCUGUACGUUUGUUACCGCUCAGUAGGCUGGAAAGUCUUCGUAUUAUUCUAGCCGCACAUUCAUUUGAUGGACAGAGGUCACUAAACAUGCAUAUGAUCGACUUAACGUCAGCAUUUUCCAGUUUCAUUCAUCCCAAUUUUGAAAACAAAAAAUGAACAUAAAAUCUGCAGAAGCCAUAGAAUGAAGGGAUUUCAACCUAAAACGUACAGGAACGCUCUUUAAAGCGUUAACUCGAGCUUGCUUGGAGACUAGAUAAGAAAUGAGGAGGCGUUUAAUCGUAUACGAAACAGGAUUUCCUCGCUAAAAGUUUUUCACGUCCUAUUUUAUCGACGGUCGAUUGGUCUUCAAGAUAUUUACUUUUCAUAUCGUAUUCGACAAUUUGUUCCUGACUUGAUUGGGUACACGUGUAUGAAAACACGAAAACUAAGGGCCUCGAUUCUAGAGAAAUUACGUCAUUGCCAAAGAGCAAAUACGUGAUGAAUAUGGCGCGUCAUAUAAAUCAUCGCCUAAAAUACAUCGCAUGCUCAUCACAAGACUUACAACGAAAGUUUACCCCACCCGACCAGUUUGCCUCUCUAUCGAAGUUUUGCUUUCUUUUUUUUCAACGCCUGAAGUAUUCACUUGUUCCAAAGUAAGCAACGCUUUCAAAUCGGACAGAAAUCAUGGACCGACCCGUUCCGGAAGAGCUCGACAUCUUUCGAAUUAAUCUUUCCAAAGCUUUCUUAACAAGACAUGAAUGACGCUAACGAAAUUUUAUAUGUUCUCAAUCACGACGCAAUUCUUAUCCCCAGCUUCCACGGUCUCCGCUGGGAACGCCUAGGACCAUGAAUCCCCUUUUAGCGCACAGAAACGAAAAAAUAAAAAAAAAAAACGCUUGCCUUUUUAGAGUGCUCGCUGCUAAAGCAAGCUCGACUAACAAGAAGGCUACGACCGGCCGGUCAGUCAAGGCUUGUUUGGAUAACGAAAUGUGAAGUUUUUUUUAACUGAUGAAACGCCAAAAGCAAGUUAUUGGAAGAGACAACUGCUCACCUAGUACAAACUAAGUAACAAACAAUUACCAAUUUGGAGUUGCGUAAAGUUUUCCAGUUUUUGUGAUUGCACGUCCCAGGUAGCACUUUUCUCUUCUCGAACAAUUUUAUAUUUCUCUUUACAGGACCUGGUCUUGUUUUCCUAGCUUAUCCUGAAGCAGUUGCCCAGAUGCCGGUGGCUCCUCUGUGGUCCGUGUUGUUUUUCUUCAUGUUGCUUUUGCUUGGUCUGGACAGUGCGGUAAGGUCAAAAAAAAAAAAAAAAAAAAAAAAAAAAAAAAAGCCAUUCAGACUUAAAUACAACUUGUCAUAACUCAGUUAUUUACGUCUUUUUGUUCUGGUUCCCGGGUGUUGUUUCCACCACCACAAGUAAAACAAAAAGUAGGAUCAUUGUCUCCCUGUACUUGGAGAAAUUAGUUAAUCUUUAAUAACGCAUCCGAAAGUAUAAAAAUGCGGAGAAACGUUUUAGCUUUAGAGUCAGGAGACCAAAUCUUCUUAUGUUAAAAUUGAUAUGAAUUUACUUCAACGUCAACGUCAAUGUCAGUAUUUAUUUUUUGUUAUUCUUAAGUUUGAAGUAGUUUGUUAAGUUUUGACAUUGCCUACAAAAGCCUGAACUAAAGGCCCUUAAAGAUUAAGUUUGCAUACAUAAAAAGUCUCUAUUUUGCUUCUGUACAGUUUGUGGGUAUCGAAAGCGUUAUAACUUCUAUCGUCGAUUUAUUCCCGCAACAUCUGAGACGAGGAUACCGCAAAGAAUUGUUUACAGCUCUGAUGUGUAGUCUGUGGUUCCUUUGUGGAUUGUCCAUGGUUACUAAGGUAAAGCUUUAUUGACGGAGCUUGGGGAGAGGCCUGGGAGGUCUGCUUCUCCUUAUUUGAAGGCCAAAAUGAAGCCCAAAGGGUUGUGAAAAUGUUUUUCGAGGGAAGAUCUGAUUCCAGCGCUGAACUUCUGUAAAUAGCGUGCUUUUUUAAAGUAAAUUCAAACCCAAGUGUUAUAACAAACGUUAUUUCGUAACUAAAAGGACUUGUUGAAAUUAGUAACCUCUGCAUUAAUCAGCUCUUUCAAAGUAGUAUCAUCAAAUACGAAAAAUUCAAGUGUUGAUUAGCACAUACCUUCUUUGUAGAAAUUAAGGUUUUUCAGCUGCAUCGCAUACUACAAAGAAAACUCGGGAUAUAAGACUGAAAUAUUCAGAAAGAAUUGACAGUGUUUAUCUGUUUUCAACAUUCAGUUAUCGUUUUUGAAUCGUUUAGAAACUGAGCAGCGUCAACUUUUAAUGACGAAAAAGUGUAAAAUGUAAAUGUAAGAUUCGCGUUUACGCGCCAAUUGGAGGUACAUUGUGAUAAGUCCGUGCAUUUGACUGUAAACUAUAAAAAUCGAUGGCACAACAUUAACAUUAUUUUUUAGGGUGGUAUGUACGUGUUUCAGUUGUUUGACGCAUAUUGUGGUGCUGGAACAGUCCUGUUGUUGGUUGUCUUUGGUGAAUGUUUGGCCAUCGGAUGGCUUUAUGGUGAGAGAUCUGCUACUUCUACCUAGAGAAAUUAGCUUCCUAGCUCGCAAUUCCCAAUGCCUA